GUAUGUACCCGUUGAUUGAUUAAACUUUUCCGGUAUCUAUUUAUUUUCGCUACCAUAUCCAUAUUAAUGUUUAGCAAGCAAGUAGCACUAUAAUCACCCCUUCCGAAAGAACCAUACACGUGCUCACAUAGAGAUGUUUGAUAAAUGACAAUUAGAGAACUGAGCGUGAGCGUUGCUUAAAGUAGAUUUCCAAUCCUAAUUGCAAGAGUAUGAUUUGAUUAGCAUUCAUCUUCUCUUGUUUUAACCCUCAAGUCCAUAUCGGCGGCUGACCCAGACCGAGGCACUCACUUUAGUCGAAUUUGAAGAAUCAGUUCUCGUCAAUUUCUCAUGUGCAUAAGCGAAUUCUCGGUUCGAGUUUGAUGAUGAGGAUUUUAGUAGGGUGCUGAAAUCGAGCUCAAUAGCUUGCUGAAAAGUUCGUUCAUGGCGGAGACUAGGCGAUACAGUCUGAGCAACCAAUUAGAUAUUGAGCAAAUACUACUGGAAGCACAAAAUCGAUGGUUGCGGCCUGCUGAAAUUUGUGAAAUUCUUCGGAAUUAUCGGAAAUUUCAUAUUGCCUCAGAGCCUCCAAACAAGCCACCUAGUGGUUCACUUUUUCUUUUUGAUCGAAAGGUCUUGAGAUACUUCAGAAAGGAUGGUCAUAACUGGCGGAAGAAAAAAGAUGGGAAGACAGUAAAGGAAGCUCAUGAGAAAUUAAAGGCUGGAAGUGUUGAUGUGCUACAUUGCUACUAUGCCCAUGGUGAAGAGAAUGAAAAUUUUCAAAGACGAAGUUAUUGGAUGCUUGAAGAGGAUUUUAUGCACAUUGUUCUUGUCCACUACCGAGAAGUCAAGGGAAGCAAAACAAGUUUUGGCCGCAUGAAAGAUACUGAAGAAGCUCUUCCUAUUUAUCAAAAGGGCAGUCCUGUUUCUUCCAGUUCUUUCACAAAUCAUACUCAAAUGCCAUCACAAACAAUGGAUACCAUAAGCCUGAACAGCACCCAGGCAUCAGAAUAUGAAGAUGCUGAAUCGGAUAAUUACCAAGCAAGUUCCAGAUACCACUCUUUUUUUGAGUCACAAGAAUGUGAAGGCGGUGCUGUGAUGAACAAGUUGGACACUGGCCUGUUGAACUCGUACUAUCCAGUGGACUGUCAAAAUAAUUAUCAAGGAAAGAAACCAGCUGCUCCUGGACUGAAUUUUGUCUUGCUUGCUCAAGAAAAUAUAGGUAGGGACCAUAAUGAUGUUGGCUUUAGGCCAAUGGCAGAACCCCAAAAACAGAUUGACUUGGCAUACUGGGAAAAUGUCUUAGGAAAUUGUAAAGCAGAAUUUCAAGGUGCUGUUUUUCAACCAUCAGUUUUUCCCUCACAAUCUGUUACCAUGGAGGUCAUUGCCAAACAAGAAAAUGUGAUUCUCAGACAGCUUCCAACAGAAGAGUUUAAGCCAGAAAUUGUGGGCCAUGCAGAUGGCCAAGAAAAAUGGCAGAAUGCUUCUGAAGAUAAUUCUUCACACAUAUCCAAAUGGCCUGUGGAGCAGAAGUUGCAUGAGGAUUCAGCAUAUGACCCCAAGGCCUUUCAUUUGCAUCUUGAUCAGCAAGAUGGACAUCCUGUUCAAGAUGACUUUCAAAUACAGCCUUCUGGUGUGGGACUUGGCAGUGUUCUGAAAUCAAAUUCGGAGAGUGAUCCAAUUAUGGUAGGGCAUGCAUACAAUGCAAAACUGUCAUUAGAUUUCUCUCAAACAGAAGAAGGCUUGAAGAAACUUGACAGCUUCACCCGGUGGAUGACCAAAGAACUUGGAGAAGUAGAUGAAUCUCAUAUGAAGUCCAGUUCUGGUGUUGACUGGAAUUCUGUUGAAAGUGGAAAUGGCGUUGAAAAUUCUGGGAUGUCCUCUCAAGUGCACUUGGAUUCUUACUUAUUGAGCCCUUCCAUCUCCCAGGACCAGCUUUUCAGCAUUAUUGAUUUCACACCAAACUGGGCCUACACCAACUCAGAAGCCAAGGUUCUAAUUACUGGAAGAUUCUUGAGGACUCAUCAAAAUGCAGCAAACUGCAAGUGGUCAUGUAUGUUUGGGGAGGUGGAAGUUCCAGCAGAGGUUUUAGCUGAUGGUGUUCUCCGUUGCCAUGCUCCACCACACACAGCUGGGAGGGUCCCUUUAUAUGUAACGUGCUCCAACAGGUUGGCUUGUAGUGAAGUGCGAGAAUUUGAAUACCGUGUCAGGCAUAGACCUUACAUGCCUGCUACAGAUCCGUGUAGUGGCAGUACAAGUGAAAUGGUUCUUCAUGUACGUCUUGGAAAGAUAUUAUCUCUGGGAUCUUCCAGUCACCCAAUCAUUAGCAAUGUUGGUGAGAGAUCUCAUCUAAGCAAUAAAAUCAGCUUAUUAAUGAAGGGAGAUGAUGAUGAAUGGCUCCAUAUGAUAAAGCUUACCUCAGAGGAGGAGUUUUCCCCAGGUCAAGUAAAGGAGCAACUACUUCAAAAGCUAUUGAAAGAAAAGUUGCAUGCAUGGCUUCUUCAAAAAGUAACUGAAGAUGGAAAAGGCCCUAAUGUAUUAGACAGGGAAGGGCAAGGUGUGCUGCAUUUAGCAGCUGCACUUGGUUAUGACUGGGCCAUAGCACCAACAGUAGCUGCAGGUGUCAGUAUCAAUUUCCGUGAUGUGAAUGGAUGGACUGCACUUCACUGGGCAGCAUAUUGUGGCAGAGAACGCACAGUUGUUGCCCUUGUCACCCUUGGUGCAGCACCCGGAGCAUUAACAGAUCCAACUCCCAAAUUUCCUUCAGGUAGAACCCCCGCCGACCUAGCUUCCAGCAAUGGACACAAAGGGAUUGCUGGUUACCUUGCAGAAGCUGCCUUGACCUCCCAUCUUUCAUCCAUUACAUUGAAGGAUUCAAAGGAUGGCAAUGUCCUAGAAAUACCUGGACUAGAAGCUAUACAAACUGUUUCAGAAAGGAGUGCUGCUUCGGAAUGUGAUGGUGACCUGCCAGAUGGGUUGUCACUUAAGGACUCACUAACUGCUGUCCGGAAUGCAACUCAAGCUGCUGCACGUAUACAUCAAGUAUUCAGGGUGCAGUCAUUCCAAAGAAAGCAGUUAACUGAAUACAGCAAUGAUAAAUUCGGAAUAUCAGAUGAGCAUGCACUUUCACUCUUAGCUGUCAAGACACAUCGAGCAGGACACCAUGAUGAUCCUCUGCAUUCUGCUGCAAUACGAAUACAGAACAAAUUUCGUGGUUGGAAGGGGAGAAAAGAAUUUUUGAUAAUUCGUCAAAGAAUUGUUAAAAUCCAGGCCCAUGUGAGGGGGCACCAGGUGAGGAAGCGCUAUAAGCGAAUCAUCUGGUCAGUAGGAAUUGUAGAGAAAGUAAUUCUUCGCUGGAGAAGGAAAGGGAGCGGUUUGCGUGGCUUCCGACCAGAAGCAUCUAUUGAGGGAUCCAACACACAGAGUGGGUCGUCCAAAGAGGAUGAUUAUGAUUUCCUAAAAGAAGGUCGAAAGCAAACAGAGGAAAGAUUGCAGAAAGCACUUGCUAGGGUGAAGUCCAUGGUUCAGUAUCCAGAAGCAAGAGAUCAGUAUCGUAGGCUGCUGAAUGUUGUUACAGAAUUUCAGGGAACAAAGGAUGAAUAUGAUAGGGUUUUAAAUGGUUCAGAAGAAGCAUGUGAAGGUGAUGAUGACUUAAUUGACCUUGAAGCACUGUUGGAUGAUGACACUUUCAUGGCUACGGCAUGUUGAGCAAACCUCUGCAAUGUUCUUAGCUCAUGUAAAAUUCGGUCUGCUUCUGCUGUAUAAUAAUUUGCUGGUCCCUCAUGUUUAUAAUAUAUAAUUGUGUAAUCUGAUGUGUCCAUAUGAUACCAAAUUAAUCCACUUAAUCAUCUGUUUGUUGUAAAUGGGGUUGGCAGUAAGCACCAAAGCAGGCUUUGUCUUCUGUUUGUAUGCAUCUUUGUGAUUUAUUUUGUCAAACCAGUAAUCGGUUAUUUUUGUUUCGCACAUACUGUAAUAGAGAAACGUGAUCUUCACGACCUUUGUUCAGGUUGGUCGAUGUA